UGUGGUUAAUUGCCCUCACGCCUCGUGACUGACGAUGAUUAAUCACAAUCGUAAUCUCACCCCGAGGCCCGCACCUCGCCAGCCACCUCCCCCCCCCCCCCCGACCGUUCUGGCCCUUGCGGUCGUAGGGAAGGUGGGGAGUCCGCGUGUGUGGCUGCUCUCAUAUCGUUAAACCACUGCCUCUUUGUGCCACCCUCAAUGGCACCGAUUCAGUCUCUGCUAGGUGUGGGCAUGUGGGUUUUGGGUGUGCGCACGGGGCGUGAUGCGCGCACGUCCCGUCGCGGGUCCUCAAUGCUAACAACCCCAGUGGAGCAAACGUAAAUUCACACAUUCCUGGCCAGGCAGCUGCAUUGGUAGCGGCUGACACAUCCACCUGGCCGCGCGGGCAUGGCCUAGGUCCACUCAGCCUUAAAAGAAAAAAAACAUAGCAGCUGACGGGGCAGUGGGACGAGGGCGUGCCUGAUGCUGGCCACAUCGCUCCCUGCUGUGUACAUCUCUCUCGCGUCUAAAGGCUGCUUCCUUCACGGAGCCUCGCAGCAGGCUGAGCGUGCCCGUGCAGCGCGCGGGUUGAAGGCGGGCAUGGUAAGUGCGUCUCGCGGGCCACAGUGACCCUCCCUGAGCGUGCGUGGGAGCACGCGUUGCCGCUUCCCUUCGUGGUCAAGAGUUCCGCGCCGACAUGCCGAGGGUGUCCUCCUCCUCCUCCUCACGGAGGUCCUGGGGGGUCCCGCUGCUCUGGGUCGCCUGCUGCAUCUGCUCCGUGCGAGCCCACCUGGAGGUGCAGCUGUCAGAAGGGCCCAUCACCUACGCGUCCCUGGGCGGCAGCGUCUCCAUCACCUGCCACUACCGGCGCGUCCACGGCGGCUCGGAGCUCGCUCCGGAUGCGACCCCGGACGACGACGACCCGCCCGGGUGGGCCGCCGGGGACGUCCCCGAGGUCAGGUUCGGCGUCGUGGGGCGCAACGGCGUGCGGCGGAGCGACGUGGCGGCGGCGCGGGGCCUGGAGACGCUGGUGCAGCCGGCGCUGGUGCCGCGCGCGUCCCUGGCCACCGACGGCGGCGGGCCCUGGGGCGGCGCUGCCACGCUCACGCUGAGCGGGCUGCUCGACGCCGACGCGGGGCUCUACGUGUGCGAGGUGGCGCUCGCGUCCGGCAGCGCCAGGGCCACCACGCGGCUCCUCGUGGACGGCGUGGUCUUCCACUACCGCGCGGCCGCCGGCCGCUACGCGUUCACGCUGGCCGGGGCCCGCCGGGCCUGCGCCGAGCAGUCGGGGCGCCUCGCCUCCCCGGCCCAGCUCGCGGCAGCGCACAGCGGGGGGCUGCACCAGUGCGACGCCGGCUGGCUCUGUGACGGCACCGUCAGGUACCCAAUCGUUGACCCGCGAGCCUCGUGCGAGGGCGACAAGAACGGAUUCCCGGGCAUCCGCUCGUAUGGCGUCCGCGACCCGAGCGAGACCUACGACGCCUACUGCUAUGCCGAGAAGCUUCAAGGCGAGGUGCUGCACGUGAGCGCCCCGGGCCGCUUCUCGCUGAGCGAGGCCCACCGGGCGUGCGCCGAGCACGGAGCCACCGCCAGCCUGGCCACCGUGGGGAGCCUGCAGCUCGCCCGCAAGGCCGGCCUGGACCGCUGCGACGCCGGCUGGCUCGCCGACGGCAGCGCGCGCUUCCCCGUCGUGCGACCAAGGCCCGGAUGCGGCGGUGGCGGCGGCGGGCCCGGCGGCGUGCGUGCCGUGCAUCGCCACGGCAACCACACGGGCUUCCCGGCGCCGGACUCACGCUACGCCGCGUACUGCCACGUGAGGCCUGCGGCGCUGGAGGAGCGGGCGUCGCCACCCGCAAGCGAGACGCACGACGCUGACAUGUGUAGCUCGCCUCUGACCGGGACCGACUACUCCUCUGGCGUAGGGAUCCUCGACUCACCUGCGAUUGAGACCGACCAUUCCUCUGGUGUAGAGAUCCUCGACUCACCUGCGAUUGAGACCGACUACUCCUUGGGCGUCGAGAUUCGUGACUCAACUGCGACUGAAAAUCUCGACUUCUCUGGAGUUGAAACCCACGACUCACCAUUGGCCGAGAUUCGUGGCUCACCUGUGACUGUGUUAGAGAUUAAUGGCUCACCUUUCCCACCUGUGGCUGAGACUCAUGAUGCAUCACUGACCGAAGUUCAUGAAUCACCAUUGACUGAGACUAACGACUCACCCAUGACUGAAUUAUAUGCUUUACCUGUCUUACCUGUGACUGAGAUGUAUGAUGUACCCAUGUUACCUGUGACUGAGGCACAUGACUCACUUAUGACGGAGACUUAUGACUCACCUGUUAUCAAGGUGUGUCAAUCACCUUUGACUGAGACUCACAGUUCCUCCGGGGUAGAGAUUCUUGAAUCACCCGCAACUGAGACUCAUGACUCACCCGACUCACCUGUGAUUGAGACUCAUGACUUGCCUGGAACUGAGACUUACAACUCACCUGACUCACCUAUAACUGAGGCUGCUGAGUCGCCUGCGACUGAGACUCACGACUCACCUGUGACUGAGUCUCAUAGUGCGCCUGACGUUCCUGUGACUGAGUAUGACGACUCACCUCUCUCACCCGUGACCGACUUCCAUGACUUACUUGCCACACCUGUAACCGAGACUCGCCCAUCGUCCGACCUGCCCGUGACCGAGACGUACGACUCAUCCGGCGCCGAAACUCACAACUCACCCGCGACCGCGGACCAGAGCACUGCCGCCCUUGACGUCCGCCACACGCCGGCCUACGAGACGUACGGCUCGCCUGCUGCCGGAACGCCGCCGCCGCCCGCGUCUGCCGCGCGCCCCUCGCCCGCCGUCGAGUGGCAGAAGGGCCCCGGUUUCGACCCGCGGACCGCCCCGCCCGUGACCGGGCCGCACGCCGCCGCGCCGCCCGGGGACCGCUGGGCGCAGGCGAGCGGCGCGCCGGUCGACGACGGGCCGCCACCGGCGGCCGUCAUCGGCCCCGUUUGGGGUGGAGCGGACGGCCCAGCUGUGACGGGGGAGCAGCGCACGACUGGGACGGAGCACGGUUGGGCCGACGUGGAACGCGUUGCGCAUCAGAGGAGCCACUGCGCCAAUUCAUUGGAGCAGACUGUGGUUGUAACUGAACACGGUUCAGCUGAGCUGCAACACAGCUCACCUGCAGUAGAGGAGAGUGAAGCUGUAGCUGAACAGAGCUCACCUGAGUUGGAACUCAGCUCACCUGCAAUAGAGGAGAGUGAAGCUGUAGCUGAACAAAGCUCACCUGAGAUGGAACUCAGCUCACCUGCAGUAGAGGAGAGUGAAGCUGUAGCUGAACAAAGCUCACCUGAGUUGGAACUCAGCCCACUUGCAGUAGAAGAGAGUGAAGCUGUAGCUGAACAAAGCUCACCUGAGAUGGAACUCAGCCCACCUGCAGCAGAGGAGAGUGAAGCUAAAACUGAACACAGUUCACGAUUGGUUGAGCAGACUCUUACUGUAACAGAACUCAGUCCAGCUGUAACAGAAACUAUUUUACCGGCAACAAAGCAUGGGACACCUGCAGUAGAAAACUGCCAACCUAUUGUAGAGCCGGCUUCACCUUUAACCGAACAGACCCCCCCAAUUGCAACUGAACACAGUUCAGGUAUAACACAACACACCACACACGAAGCAGAACACAGCUCGCCUGAGAUGGAUAAUGGCUCGCCUGAACACUUAUCACCUGCAUUAGAGAACUGCUCACCUUUGCUAGAAUUAAGUCCACCUUUAAUGGAUCAAUCCCCGGUGGAACUAGAACAGAUCCCACCUGAGCCAGAACACAUCUCACCUGAAUCAGAACAAGUCCCACCUGAUUCAGAACCUGAGUUAGAACAAGUCCCACCUGAACCAGAACACAUUUUACCUGAGUCAGAACAAGUCCCGCCUGAGCUAGAACAUAUCUCACCUGAGCCAGAACAAGUCCCGCCUGAGUCAGAACCUGAGUUAGAACAAAUCCCACCUGAACCAGAACACAUUUUACCUGAGUCAGAACAAGUCCCACCUGAGCCAGAACAUAUCUCACCUGAGCCAGAACAAGUCCCACCUGAGCCAGAACAUAUCUCACCUGAGCCAGAACAAGUCCCACCUGAGUCAGAACCUGAGUUAGAACAAAUCCCACCUGAACCAGAACACAUUUUACCUGAGUCAGAACAAGUCCCACCUGAGCCAGAACAUAUCUCACCUGAGCCAGAACAAGUCCCACCUGAGUCAGAACCUGAGCCAGAACAAAUCCCACCUGAACCAGAACACAUUUUACCUGAGUCAGAACAAGUCCCACCUGAACCAGAACACAUUUUACCUGAGUCAGAACAAGUCCCACCUGAGCCAGAACAUAUCUCACCUGAGUCAGAACAAGUCCCACCUGAGUCAGAACCUGAGUUAGAACAAGUCCUACCUGAACCAGAACACAUUUUACCUGAGUCAGAACAAGUCCCACCUGAGCCAGAACAUAUCUCACCUGAGUCAGAACAAGUCCCGCCUGAGUCAGAACCUGAGUUAGAACAAAUCCCUCCUGAGUUAAAACCUGGGGCAGAACAAAGCCCUCCUGAGUCAGAACUUGAGAUGGAACAAAUCCCUGGUGAGGCAGAACAAAUCCCACCUGAAACAGAACACAUCUCACCUGCAUUAGAGGACUGCCAUUAUUUAAUAGAACUCAAUCAACCACCAACAGAACAACCCCUACUGGACAUAGAACACAGCUCACCUGAGACAGAACACAUGCUGCCAGAGAUGGAACACAUCUCACCUGUUUUAGAGGACUGUUCUCCUUACGUAGAACAAAUCCCUGCUGAGUCAGAACUUGAGCCAGAACAAAUCCCACCUGAGUCAGAACUUGAGGCAGAACAAAUCCCUCUUGAGUCAGAACCUGAGGCAGAACAAAUCCCUCUUGAGUCAGAACUUGAGGCAGAACAAAUCCCUCCUGAGUUAGAACCUGAGGCAGAACAAAUCCCUCCUGGGUCAGAACUUGAGACAGAACAAAUCCCACCUGAGUCAGAACUUGAGGCAGAACAAAUCCCUCCUGAGUCAGAACCUGAGGCAGAACAAAUCCCUCCUAAGUCAGAACUUGAGGCAGAACAAAUCCCUGCUGAGUCAGAACUUGAGCCAGAACAAAUCCCUCCCGGGUCAGAACUUGAGACAGAACAAAUCCCACCUGAGUCAGAACUUGAGGCAGAACAAAUCCCUCUUGAGUCAGAACUUGAGGCAGAACAAAUCCCUCCUGAGUUAGAACCUGAGGCAGAACAAAUCCCUCCUGGGUUAGAACUUGAGACAGAACAAAUCCCACCUGAGUCAGAACUUGAGGCAGAACAAAUCCUUCCUGAGUCAGAACCUGAGGCAGAACAAAUCCCUCCUGAGUCAGAACUUGAGGCAGAACAAAUCCAUCCUGAGUCAGAACUUGAGAUGGAGGAAAUCCCUCUUGAGUCAGAACCUGAGGCAGAACAAAUUCCACCUGAGUCAGAACUUGAGGCAGAACAAAUCCCUCCUGGGUCAGAACCUGAGGCAGAACAAAUCCCUCCUGUGUCAGAACCUGAGGCAGAACAAAUCCCUCCUGAGUCACAGCCUGAGGCAGAACAAAUCCCUCCUGAGUCAGAACUUGAGGCAGAACAAAUCCAUCCUGAGUCAGAACUUGAGAUGGAACAAAUUCCUGCUGAGGCAGAACAAAUCCCACCUGAAACAGAAAACAUCUCACCUGCAUUAGAGGACUGUCAUUAUUUAAUAGAACUCAAUCAACCACCAACAGAACAACCCCUACUGGACAUAGAACACAGCUCACCUGAGACAGAACACAUGCUACCAGAGAUGGAACACAUCUCACCUGUAUCAGAGGACUGUUCUCCUUACAUAGAACAAAUCCCUGCUGAGUCAGAACCUGAGGCAGAACAAAUCCCUGCUGAGUCAGAAUCUGAGGCAGAACAAAUCCCUGCUGAGUCAGAACCUGAGGCAGAACAAAUCCCUCCUGAGUCAGAACCUGAGACAGAACAAAUCCCUGCUGAGUCAGAAUCUGAGGCAGAACAAAUCCCUGCUGAGUCAGAAUCUGAGGCAGAACAAAUCCCACCUGAGUCAGAACCUGAGGCAAAACAAAUCCCUCCUGAGUCAGAACCUGAGGCAGAACAAAGCCCUCCUGAGUCAGAACUUGAGGCAGAACAAAUCCCUGCUGAGUCAGAGCCUGAGGCAGAACAAAUCCCUGCUGAGUCAGAGCCUGAGGCAGAACAAAUCCCACCUGAGUCAGAACCCGAGGCAGAACAAAUCCCUCCUGAGUCAGAACCUGAGGCAGAACAAAUCCCUGCUGAGUCAGAGCCUGAGGCAGAACAUAUCCCUUCUGAGUCAGAACUUGAGGCAGAACAAAUCCCUCCUGAGUCAGAGCCUGAGGCAGAACAAAUCCCUCCUGAGUCAGAACUUGAGGCAGAACAAAUCCCUCCUGAGUCAGAACUUGAGGCAGAACAAAUCCAUCCUGAGUCAGAACUUGAGAUAGAACAAAUCCCUGGUGAGGCAGAACAAAUCCCACCUGAAACAGGAAACAUCUCACCUGCAUUAGAGGACUGUCAUUAUUUAAUAGCACUCAAUCAACCACCAACAGAACAACCCCUACUGGACGUAGAACACAGCUCACCUGAGACAGAACACAUGCUACCAGAGAUGGAACACAUCUCACCUGUAUUAGAGGACUGUUCUCCUUACGUAGAACAAAUCCCUGCUGAGUCAGAACCUGAGGCAGAACAAAUCCCACCUGAGUCAGAACCUGAGGCAGAACAAGUCCCUCCUGAGUCAGAACCUGAGGCAGAACAAAUCCCUCCUGAGUCAGAACUUGAGGCAGAACAAAUCCCUCCUGAGUCCGAACCUGAGGCAGAACAAAUCCCUCCUGAGCCAGAACCUGAGGCAGAACAAAUCCCUGCUGAGUCAGAACUUGAGGCAGACCAAAUCCUUCCUGAGCCAGAACCUGAGGCAGAACAAAUCCCUCCUGAGUCAGAACCUGAGGCAGAACAAAUCCCUGCUGAGUCAAAACCUGAGGCAGAACAAAUCCCUGCUGAGUCAGAACCUGAGGCAGAACAAAUCCCACCUGAGUCAGAACUUGAGGCAGAACAAAUCCCACCUGAGUCAGAACCUGAGGCAGAACAAAUCCCUGCUGAGUCAGAACCUGAGGCAGAACAAAGCCCUCCUGAGUCAGAACCUGAGGAAGAACAAAUUCCUGCUGAGGCAGAACAAAUCCCACCUGAAACAGAACACAUCUCACCUGCAUUAGAGGACUGUCAUUAUUUAAUAGAACUCAAUCAACCACUAACAGAACAACCCCUACUGGACGUAGAACACAGCUCACCUGAGACAGAACACAUGCUACCAGAGAUGGAACACAUCUCACCUGUAUCAGAGGACUGUUCUCCUUACGUAGAACAAAUCCCUGCUGAGUCAGAGCCUGAGGCAGAACAAAUCCCUCUUGAGUCAGAGCCUGAGGCAGAACAAAUCCCUGCUGAGUCAGAGCCUGAGGCAGAACAAAUCCCUCUUGAGUCAGAACCUGAGUCAGAACAAAUCCCUGCUGAGUCAGAACCUGAGGCAGAACAAAUCCCUCUUGAGUUAGAGCCUGAGGCAGAACAAAUCCCUCCUGAGUCAGAACUUGAGGCAGAACAAAUCCAUCCUGGGUCAGAACUUGAGACAGAACAAAUCCCACCUGAGUCAGAACUUGAGGCAAAACAAAUCCCUGCUGAGUCAGCACUUGAGGCAGAACAAAUCCCUGCUGAGUCAGAACUUGAGGCAGAACAAAUCCCACCUGAGUCAGAACCUGAGGCAGAACAAAUCCCUGCUGAGUCAGACCUUGAGGCAGAACAAAUCCCUGCUGAGUCAGACCUUGAGGCAGAACAAAUCCCUGCUGAGUCAGAACUUGAGGCAGAACAAAUCCCUCCUGAGUCAGAGCCUGAGGCAGAACAAAUCCCUGCUGAGUCAGACCUUGAGGCAGAACAAAUCCCUGCUGAGUCAGAACCUGAGGCAGAACAAAUGCCUCCUGAGUCAGAUCCUGAGGCAGAACAAAUCCCUGCUGAGUCAGAACCUGAGGCAGAACAAAUCCCUGCUGAGUCAGAACCUGAGGCAGAACAAAUCCCUCCUGAGUCACAGCCUGAGGCAGAACAAAUCCCUGCUGAGUCAGAACCUGAGGCAGAACAAAUCCAUCCUGAGUCAGAACUUGAAGCAGAACAAAUCCCUGCUGAGUCAGAACCUGAGGCAGAACAAAUCCCUCCUGAGUCAGAACUUGAGGCAGAACAAAUCCCUGCUGAGUCAGAACCUGAGGCAGAACAAAUCCCUCCUGAGUGCAAAACUCAGAUAGAAGAAAUCCCUGCUGUGUCAGAACAAGUUCCCCCUGAGACAGAACAAUUCCCUUCUGAGUCAGAACACAUCUCACCUGUAUCAGAGGACUGUUCUCCCUACAUAGAACAAACCACACUUGAAAUGGAACAAAUCCCACCUGCGCCAGAACAAUUCAUACCUGAGCCAGAAGACAUAUCAUCUGAGCAAGAACAAAUCCCACCUAAGUCAGAACCUGAGGCGGACCAAAUCCUUCCCGUGUCAGAACCUGAGGCAGAACAAAUCCCUCCUGUGUCAGAACCUGAGGCAGAACAAAUCCCUCCUGUGUCAGAACUUGAGGCAGAACAAAUCCCUCCCGUGUCAGAACCUGAGGCAGAACAAAUCCCUCCUGUGUCAGAACCUCAGGCAGAACAAAUCCCUCCUGUGUCAGAACCUGAAGCUGAACAAAUCCCUCCUGAGUUAGAACUUGAGUCAGAUAAAAUCCCACCUGAGUCAGAACUUGAAUCAGAACAAAUCCCUCCUGAGUCAGAACUUGAUUCAGAUACAAUCCCACCUGAAUCAGAACUUGAGUCAAAAUACAUCGCACCUGAAACAGAACAAAUCCCACCUGAGUCACAACUUGAGUCAGAACACAUCCCAUCUGAGCCAGAACCUGAAUUACAACACAUAUCACCUAAAUUGGAGGACUGUCAUCACAUAAUAGAACAUAGAACAGACCUCCAUCAACCUUUAACAGAACAACCCCCACUUGAGACAGGACACAUCUCACCUGAAACAGAACAGACCUCGCACGAGUCAGAACACUUUUCACCUGAAUUGGAGGACUGUCAUCAUUUAAUAGAGUUCAAUCAACCUUUAACAGAACAAGCCCCACUUGAAAUGGAACACAUUUCCCCUGAGUCAGAACCUGAGGCAGAACAAGUCAUACCUGAGUCAGAAACUGAGGCAGAACAAGUCAUACCUGAGUCAGAACCUGAGGCAGAACAAGUCAUACCUGAGUCAGAACCUGAGGCAGAACAAGUCAUACCUGAGUCAGAACCUGAGGCAGAACAAGUCAUACCUGAGUCAGAAACUGAGGCAGAACAAGUCACACCCAAGUCUGAAUUCAUAUCACCAGAGGCAGAACAAACGCCAUCUGAGCCAGAACAUAUCUCGCCUGAACCAGAACACAUCUUGCCUGAGUCGGAACAAGUCCCACAUGAACCAGAACUUGAGUCAGAACAAGUCCCAUUUGAGCCAGAACAAAUCCCUCCUGAGUCAGAACCUGAGGCAGAACAAGUCACACCCGAGUCAGAACCUGAGGCAGAAAACAUCUCACCUGAACCAGAACAAAUCCCUCCCGAGUCAGAACCUGAGGCAGAACAAGUCACACCCGAGUCAGAACCUGAGGCAGAAAACAUCUCACCUGAACCAGAACAAAUCCCUCCCGAGUCAGAACCGGAGGCAGAACAAGUCACACCCGACUCUGAAUUAAUCUCACCUGAGGCAGAACAAACUCCAUCUGAGUUAGAAUACAUCUCGCCUGAGGAAGAAUAUAUCCCACCUGUAACCCCGGCACUUGUGGAGGACACCCGGCUCACUUCGGCAGACCCCACACCGCCCAUGACUUCCCCACCCAUGCACAGGUGUGCUGUACCCAGCACACCUGCACCCGGUGACCCCCGUGCCCAUGGAGACGAGGAGCAUGGCGAUGUAGGUCCCAAUGGUGGCAUCGACUGUGAUUACGGUGGUUAUGGCGACGGCGGUGGUGGUGACGCCGAAGGAGACGAUCGCGGUGUUGAUGCUUAUGGUGAAAUUGAGUGUGACGACGAGGACCAUGGAGAAGGUGACCGUGGCGAUGGUGACCAUGGCAACGAGGAUCACGGUGAAGUGGAAUGCGGUAAUAUCAACUGCGAGGACCUUGGCGGGUCUGGCAUUGGUGUCAACGGUGAUGGCGACCAUGGAGACGGUGGCGAUGUUGAUGGAGAGGUUGACCACAUAGACAACGAGCAUGUUGAUGAAGAAGUUGACCACAUAGACACUGAACACGUUGAUGAAGAAGUUGACCACAUAGACACUGAACACGUUGAUGAAGGUGAUCAUGUCGAUGGAGAUGUGGACCACGUCGACACUGAAAGUGUACCUGAAGAGGUUGAUGAUGUUGAUGGGGAUGUUGAACAGGUUGAGGAAGAAGUUGACCACUCUGACGAAGUCGACAAGGUUGACGGAGAAGUUGACCACGUCGAAGAGGACGUUGGCGACGGUCGUGCUGGCGAGCGUCCAGAAGAGCCCAGCCAUCCUGCCCACGGCGACCACGGCGACCACGGCGAGAGCGACUGCGACGACACGGAUGCCCACGCCGGCCCCGAGCGCCACCGGGACAUCCCGGUGAAGGGCGGUGGCGGCAGCCUCUUUGAGGUGAACGGUGCGGAGGUGGCCCGCCAGCGUUAUCUGGACAACAUGCUCCCGCCGAGCGUCAACCACCAGCCUCGGCCGCGUCGCCCAAACACGCCAGGCUCACCGUGGCCGCCCCACCAGGGUGGGCCAUGGGCCUGGCUCAGCGGGUUCCACCCCUGGGCGCUGGCGCCACAGCACCAUGGGGAUCACGUGUUCCAUGGGGGGCACGUGUUCCAUGGGGGGCACGUGUUUCAUGGGGGGCACGUGUUCCCACAAGUGGACUGGGCAGCUGAAGUUCCAGACCAGGGGCAGCCCAUCGUGCCUGAAGGUAACCCGGGGCCUUGUGCUGCAUCCCCGUGCCAGAACGGGGGCUCAUGCUCCCCCCGCGGGGACCUCUUUGUGUGCGAGUGUCCACCGGGGUUCACCGGAGACUCCUGUGAGAUCGGCGUGGACCAGUGUCUGCCGGAGCCGUGCCAUCACGGGGCCACGUGCGUGGAGUCCCCGGGGGGAGCCGCCACCUUCAGCUGCCUCUGCCUGCCCAGCUACCACGGACGACUCUGCGAGCUCGACUCUGCGAGCUGCCCCGCCGGGUGGCGCAAGUUCCGCUCGCAGUGCUACCGCCACGAGGGGCGCCUCCGCUCCUGGGCGGAGGCAGAGGCCGCCUGCCGCGCCCGCGGGGCUCACCUCGCCAGCAUCAACUCGCCCGAGGAGCACGUCUUCAUCACCGGUCUCGCCGAUGACUACCAGUGGAUUGGACUCAACGACCGGGCCGUUGAGCGCGAUUUCGUGUGGAGCGACGGCCUACCGCUGGUCUACGAGAGCUGGCGGUCUGAGCAGCCGGACGGGGCAGCACCAGGCGGCGAGAACUGCGUGGUGAUGAUCUGGCAUGAGGGCGGCAAGUGGAACGAUGUGUCUUGCUCGUACCUGUUCACCUCCACCUGCAAGAAAGAGCCCGAUCACAGACGAGGGCGGAAGGAACGGUCGGCCCCCCAGCAGCGCCUUCGCCGUGCUCCAGACAGAACGCGGCCGCGCAAGGCCUCUCGCCACCACAAUCACCGCCAUCACCUCCACGAGCACCACCACGGCGGUUGCAGACACACACACAACAGAAAGGACGCGGACUGACGGCGCCGUGGGCUGCCAAGCGGUGGCACCGAGUCCGAUCGCGAGGCUGGGGGAGGAUGGUGCUAAUUUCGCGUCGUCGGUGGCAAGGGCGUGAGCAGCUGUGGCUCGUGGUUCCGGUUUGAGGAGGUGGCAGCCUUCAUCCUGGGGUUUCCACUCUUGGUUAAUGUGUGCAGGCUUAGUCGAGCAGGCGAAACGAAUGCGGUGGCUUCAUCAGAACGCCCUCCAUCAGACACAACUGCAUUGACAUCCAUACAGCUUCCCAGGAGGAGGCUUGGUCUAUUGGAAUCCACACACCGGUGCUGUAUUAUUUAUUAUAAUACUCUGAAUUUCAGAAUGCCGAGUAGUUGUACACGACCUGCGAGCGUCACCUGGAAGUGAAAAGCCUGAAAAUAAGUUUGUGUAGCUUUCUCGAACUGGAGCCACAUGCACUGACAGACGUGAGACUAUGCGGGUUAGGGAAGGUUUGUCUUGUCCGCUGUUCUUUUUUUUAUUUUAAAAUAUAUCAUUUGCUACCCCAUGCCUGCAGAGCAUGGCUUAUUGUGGGUUUAACUUGGCAGCUCACAUGCAGUCCCUAGUCCAUGCAGUUGCCUCAAAAUUGCCGCAAUAGCCGCAGGAAAAAGGUGAAAUGGGCUCGAUGUGUUCACGAGGUCCAACCGUGCCAUGCCCACUGAGCACGUGUUUAACAUCAGAUAAAUAAGAGAGCCAAAUAGUAACAUCAAAUUUAAUAAUCCACAUACACUGUAUUGUCUGCAGAAAUCCAAUCUAUCUUCAACUAGUCCAUACUUCAAAGUCCAAAAGAAUAGAAUUUCAUAAAGUUCUGAGUCAGGGACAAUUUUUUUAAUCGAAAAACAAAAACGAAUACUCAACUUAGACUUUGUACAAAUAUCUCAAGUCGUGCUAUACUGUCAGCUGUUCUGCUUAUUGUAUUCUAUAUACUUCAUGUUAAAAGACUAUGACAUUUUAUCGUGAACGAAACAAUAUGUACAAUUUUCCAAACAACACACACAGUCUCUUGUGCCCAGGUUGGCUGAGCGGGGGAUACAAUGAUUCCCCCCCCCUCCAUCUCCAAACUGAGCUUAAAGGACUGCACGUGGGUAGAAGAGUGUGGCUGGCAGGGAGGGCCCUUUUAGUGCCACUGCACUUAACAUGUCUGGAAACUUGUUGGUUUUUCAGAACACUGUGUGGAUAACGUGUUAACAAACUUAUGGUGUAACAAACACAAUCUAGCUCUAGAUUACAGCCAUUUACAUCUGCCAAGUCCUUGACAGUUACUGUAUGAUGAGUACAAAGAUUCAAAGUAAAAAAAAUAUGUAUAAUUUAAUAAAGCUCCAAGCAUAUUCCAAUUUCUGUGAAUGAUGACCCCUCUCGGUAGAGACCCGAAGUUGUAAUCAAAAUAAUUAUGUAUAUGAAGCAAUUGGCGGGACCCCGGGGUCCCAUCACUGCCCCGGCCGGGGUGGGAAAAACCGCGUAGCGACACGAGUCUUGCCUUACCGACAACAAAACUAGUGUCAAUCGAUUGGCCUC